AGGACCUCCCUAGAAUCUGUUCAUAAGCUCUGACAAAGCUGUCUAACCAAGGCUUCUCCCAAAGCCUCCCCCGUCAAGGGCCACCCUACUGUUUGCAGCAGGAGUGCCGGGAUAGAAGAACAGCAGACCUAAUCUAAAAACAGAUUAGAUCUCAUAGUGGGGUCCAACCUCUUGUAGGAUGACAGAAAAGGAGGUGGUGGAGUCCCCUCAGCCCCCCUUUCCAGGAGAGACUCCGCAAAGUGGGCUACAGCGACUGAAGCAGUUAUUCAAGAAGGGCUCUCCAGAGACAGCAGAGACAGAGCCUCCCCCAGAGCCCCAGGCCAAUGGAGAGGCAGUGGGGGCUGGGGGUGGGCCCAUCUACUAUAUCUAUGAGGAAGAGGAGGAGGAGGAGGAAGAGGAGGAACCACCCCCAGAACCUCCUAAGCUUGUCAAUGACAAACCCCACAAGUUCAAAGAUCACUUCUUCAAGAAGCCCAAGUUCUGUGAUGUCUGCGCUCGGAUGAUUGUGCUCAAUAACAAGUUUGGACUCCGCUGUAAGAACUGCAAAACCAACAUCCACGAGCACUGUCAGUCCUACGUGGAGAUGCAGAGAUGCUUCGGCAAGAUCCCGCCUGGUUUCCAUCGGGCCUAUAGCUCUCCUCUCUACAGCAACCAACAGUAUGCUUGUGUCAAAGAUCUCUCUGCUGCCAAUCGCAAUGACCCCGUGUUUGAAACCCUGCGCGUUGGGGUGAUCAUGGCAAACAAGGAACGGAAGAAGGGUCAGGCGGACAAGAAGAACCCUCUGGCAGCCAUGAUGGAGGAGGAGCCAGAGUCAGCCAGGCCAGAGGAGGGCAAGUCCCAGGAGGGAAGCAAUACGGAAAAGGACAAAAAGGCGGAGAAGAAAACUCCUGAUGACAAACACAAGCAGCCUGGUUUCCAGCAGUCGCAUUACUUUGUGGCUCUCUAUCGGUUCAAAGCCCUGGAGAAGGAUGAUCUGGAUUUUCCGCCAGGGGAGAAGAUCACAGUCAUUGAUGACUCCAAUGAGGAGUGGUGGAGGGGGAAAAUCGGAGAGAAGGUCGGAUUCUUCCCUCCAAACUUCAUCAUUCGGGUCCGCGCUGGAGAACGUGUGCACCGCGUAACCAGAUCCUUUGUGGGGAACCGCGAGAUUGGGCAGAUCACUCUCAAGAAGGACCAGAUCGUAGUGCAGAAAGGAGAUGAAGCUGGUGGCUACGUCAAAGUCUACACCGGCCGCAAGGUGGGGCUGUUUCCCACCGACUUCCUGGAGGAGAUCUAGGUGUACCGGCGCCGCUGGCUGGAGGGAGACACC